AUGGUCGACUUACGUAGUGUAGGAGCCAUGUUGGCGUCUGGGACGCAGCAGGUGUUUGGUGAAACGGAAAGUUCCGUACUAACUGCGGUGAAUGAUGAGUUUGGAGGGAUCAUUGUGGAAAUGGCGCCCCAGCAACACCCCAUGGACGCUGCUGCCUUCGGCUCUAUGCUUAGAUCUUCCAUUUCUCAUUGGAGAGAGCAAGGGAAGAAGGGAGUUUGGAUGAAAUUACCCAUUGAGCUAGUCAAUCUAGUCGAACCUGCUGUUAAGGAAGGAUUCUGGUACCACCACGCAGAGCCGACAUACUUGAUGCUCGCAUAUUGGAUCCCAGGUGGAGUCCAUACUCUUCCUGCGAAUGCCAGCCACCGAGUGGGUAUUGGUGCAUUUAUUAUGAACGACAAAAGAGAGCUGCUAGUGGUCCAAGAAAAGUAUGGGACUUACCCGGGGACAGAAGUCUGGAAGUUCCCCACAGGUGCUGUCGAUGAGGGGGAAGAUAUCUUUGCAACCGCAGUGAGAGAAGUCAAAGAAGAGACUGGAAUCGACUCAGAAUUUGUUGAAGUACUAGCAUUCAGACAAAGCCACAAGCUCUUCUUUGAAAAGUCAGAUUUAUUCUUUGUUUGCAUGAUGAGACCCAUUUCCUUUGACAUCCAGAAACAGGAAUCAGAGAUACAUGCAGCUGAGUGGAUGCCAUUUGAGGAGUAUGCAGCACAGCCAUUUGUCCAAAGAGACGAGCUUAUGAAGUAUAUAAAUAGUAUAUGUUUGGCAAAGAUUGAUAGCACGUAUUCUGGGUUUUCUCCGGUGCCAAUAACAUCAAGUUUUUCUGAUGAAAAGAGCUAUUUGUAUUAUACGGACUACUGAUGCAUGUCUCCAUGCCAACAGCUGGCCGCCCUUGGAAUUGCAGUACUUUU